UAGCACACGAUCUGUUCCACACGACGUACGCUAAUUUACGCGCCAAAACUCAAACAACAGCUAUUUAUAAAAAAUCAAAGGAAAUAUAAAAAUCGUCGCACGCAUAAAUUUUGUUCUCUCGUGUUAAAAAUAAUUAUUUUACUUAAAGAAGUGUUAAAAAAUGUUUUAUAAAAUCGUUAAUUCAUAAAAAUUGUGUUAAUUUUUUUCGAUUCUUCAACUGUUUAAAGCCCCUGUCUUCUGUGUUUUCACCAAUUUCUGACUAUGGUACGCGUUAUGUAAUUUUUCAACCACAUUUUUUUUGGAAGAGGUGAUUUUUUCAAUAAAAAACUACUUGCUUCCCUCUGUUGACGAUUCCCACUUUUUAUUGACCAAUUGACAAGAAUUAAUUGCAAAAUUAAUUUAACGUAAAUUGCAAGUACAACAACGUUAAUAUGUAUAUAAAAAACCUCCACGUGUCGACCAAUUUUUUCUGUGCAACUUUUUACAUUUGUGAUUGAGUAAAAAAUAAAAUAAUAUAUUGUAUGUGAAAUUGUGAUUUAAUUAACGAAAUCAAGCGUCUUGCAUUCUUUCAAAAAAAUAAAAAUAAAAUAAUGUAAUGAAGUGCAAAAUCGGCUAACCUGCAGCACUUCCUUUAACCAUCAACUAAAUAACUGAAACUUCCACAAUACGACCAGUUUGCAAAAAUAUCUGAGAGCGGACCAUUCGAAAUUUGCUAAGGACAAAAAAGUGUACACUGAUUUUGCAAAGACUCCACCCCACUCUACCCUUGGGAACGACACCAACAACAAUAAGGUGCAGUUAUGAUGUUAUCCUGCGCACAAAUCAACAAACUACUUUACUCAACUGCUGGCGAGUUAACCACCGUAGCCCCGGCUACUUCCAGUGCACCCCACUCGCUAGGCGCAGCAUCUAGCGGAGCAGGGAGUGAAACACAAAGCGAGAUCUCGUCUGCGGAUAGCGACUGGAGUGACAUACGAGCAAUCGCACUGAAAUUGGGUGUAGCCAAUCCGGAUGACUUACAUACGGAGCGUUUCAAGGUGGAUCGUCAGAAGUUGGAGCAGAUGCUAAAAGAGAAUAGUUUGGUGGAAGGCAUGAAUGGCGCUGAGUAUUUUUUUGAAAGUGUCAUGAAAUUUACCGAGACUUAUAUCAGCUGGCCCUGUCGCCUUAAGAUUGGCGCGAAGAGCAAAAAAGAUCCGCAUGUUCGAAUUGUUGGACGCAUAGAGGAAGUGCAAAAGGCCAAGGAGCGGGUUCUAGCGAAUUUGGAUUCACGAGGCACUCGCGUCAUUAUGAAAAUGGAUGUGUCCUACACUGAUCAUUCAUAUAUUAUUGGACGCGGUGGCAAUAAUAUAAAGCGCAUUAUGGAGGACACUGCAACACACAUCCAUUUUCCUGAUUCCAACCGUUCAAAUCCAACGGAGAAAUCCAAUCAGGUCUCCUUAUGCGGAUCUCUGGAGGGUGUUGAGAGUGCUCGUGCUUUGGUUCGCCUUUCGACGCCAUUAUUAAUCUCUUUUGAGUUGCCAAUCUUGGCACCGGGGCGCCCACAGCCAGACCAUGAAACUCCAUACGUUAAGUUGGUCGAAACAAAGUAUAAUGUGCAGGUAAUUUUUUCAUCUCGUCCCAAAUUACACUCUUCUUUGGUGCUUGUUAAGGGUUCUGAGAAGGAAGCUACCAAAGUUCAGGAUGCAACACAGUUGCUAAUCAACUUUUCAUGCGAAAAUAUUGCUAAUCAGAUUCUGGUGCAAAUGCAAUUGGAGAUCUCGCCACAGCAUCAUGAAAUUGUGAAGGGCAAAAAUAAUUCGAAUUUACUUGGUAUUAUGGAACGUACAAGAACUAAGAUAAUUUUUCCUGAUCUCUCGGACUUGAAUGUUAAACCACUGAAAAAAUCUCAAGUGACUAUCACUGGGACCAUCGACGGUGUCUACAAGGCACGACAACAAUUGCUUGGUAAUUUACCGAUAGCAUUGAUUUUCGAUUUUCCGGACAAUCAAAACAAUGCCUCUGAAAUAAUAGGCCUCAGCACAAAAUAUGGCGUUUACAUUUCCCUGCGCCAGAAGCAAAGACAAAGCACUUUGGCCAUUGUUGUAAAGGGUGUCGAGAAAUUCAUAGACAAAAUUUACGAGGCGCGUCAAGAGAUUUUGCGUCUCAGCACGCCGCUUAUAAAGGCGACCAUACCGGAGAGCUAUUUCGCGCCGAGAGACAAGGAAAUGAACAUUGGAUUUCGUACGAUGCUGACGUCAUUGCUGGCAGGCUAUCCCGAUAGUCCGAAGACGCCUGGCCUGUUAACGGCCCAUUUACAGAUGUCCCCCUACGGCAGCAAUGGUCAAACCCUUAAUAACAACCAUUUAUUAAUCCCCAAUAACAAUAAUAACAACAACAACAACAAUAUCAGCAGUAACAACGACAACAAUAAUAAUCACAGUAAAUCUUAUCCGCCAGGUUUUGGCGCUUGCACUUCAAGCAAUAUCUGUCCACCCACCCAAAAGUACGUGGCAAUGCACAACAACAGCUUCAGUUGCCAGCAACCGAAUCACAACAACAAUUAUUUGCAAGUCACCUCGACAAAUGUUGCACAUCAGCGCACUCCGCAGACCGCUGUACACCAACAACAACAGGUCUCACCGCGCAACAGUUGCCACAAUACGAGCGGCUAUCAAAGUUUCAGCAGCAGCAGCACUUCGUUGGAGCAAGUCUAUCCGCCAUAUGGCGGUGGUGGAAGCGGCAGCAGCGGCACCGGCGUUGUUGGCAACCGUGUGAUAGCUCCAAAUGGGGGCGUUGGUGAGAUGAAUUCGCGUGGUCAGUAUUCACCUGACUCAACUUUUAGCAGCGAGCUCGGCUGUGGCCGUGUGGGCCGUCGUUCCAGUGAUGGUGUACUACUGGGUUUGGGCGCUUCCGGACCACUUGGUGGACCAAUGAUGCCGAGCAGUGCUGAAAGUUAUCGCAGUUUACAAUAUGAUUUGAAGCAAAAUCGCAUUUUUGACUUUGAUAUGAAGCGCGCCAUGGGCUUCAAGGCCAUGGACCGUCCACCGGUGAGCGGUGAAUUGCGCACUCCUACACCAAAUUGGGCUGGCAUGGCUUUGAGUCGCACAUCACCGGGCAUUUUGGAAAGUGUUGAUGAUAAUAUGUGGCCACGCAACUUAAACGGCUUGAACUUCAACGGGAACGUCGGCGCAAACGGUCCACCGAUUUCACCGUACGCGCUCGGUGUAACAGUAGGUUUGCUGGAUGCAACACCGACAAAUCGGCGACUCAAUUUGCCCCAACACAAGGACAUACACACGCUAUUAACAAGCCUCGGCUUGGAGCACUACAUAAAAACAUUCGUGACCAACGAAAUCGAUCUCGAAAUGUUCACCACUUUGAAUGAAGACAAUUUACUAGAACUUGGCAUAACCGCUUUUGGCGCUCGCAGAAAGCUUUUGUUGGCAAUUAACGCUCUGCAAGCCAGCGAAGCCACCAACGCCGGUAUGCCAAUUGUUACUGCACCACAAGCGAACAGUUCAUCGCCACGCUUUUCGGGCUCAGCAGCACCCGGUGCCGAGCGACGCCCUUCGAACCAGUGGUAAAAACACAGAGCUAAUGUUGGAAAAUACUCUCCAAAAUCAACAACAAAUGGAAAUAUAAUGAAUUCUAUGUAAAACAAAAAUUCAGGGAAGCUCCAAGCUCCGCCUAAGGCAUUCCAUUUAAUAUUUAUUGUCAUCAAUCUUUUACUCCCUAUAUUUAUAGCUUAACUUCUCUAGACAUAAGUUUGCAUGCUGAUUGUAAUAUUUUGUAAGUUUGUUUACUUUAAUUAUCAUCCACUGGAAAUGCAUUAUAGCCAAACGGACAUUUUUACACCUUAACUUCAAGCCACAGGAACAGAGAUCACAAACAAAAAAAGAAAAUUAAUAUUGACUUUCGCAUUGAAAGGAAUAUUGAAUUGUGUAAGGAACGGUGAGAACGGAAAGAAAAUCUACGAAAUGGCGCUCGAGUAUAAUUGAUUCUGUGACUUGCCAACCUAAAACUUAACUGCAAGACAUUUAAGCAUCCUUUCAACUAAAGAACGUAAGCUUGAAAGGAUUCUCCUUGACUUAUACUCGUAUUUGUAGGCAGAAAAAUAAGGCAAAUAUAGAAUCAAGUACCCCAAUCGCUCGUCAGUGACCGUUUCGUUGAGCAUUACACAGCUGUGCUGUUGUCUAUUUUAAACUAAUUACAUAUUUAUUAUUAUUCUUUGUAUUUAUUAAUUGAAUAUUAAUUGAAUAGUGAGAAGAACAAAUACUACAAAACCAAAAACAAAAAAAAAAACGAAAAAAUAAGAAACCAAAUAAUUGCAAAAAAAAAUAUUUAUAUAAUUUAUUGUUAUGAAAUUUGCAUGCUUUGAUUGUGUAUUGUCAUAGGGUAUAAGCGCAAUUUGAAAGAAAAAAUUAAAAAAAAAAUAUUAUUUAUGCUGUAACUAAAAAUGAAUUGAAAUUAGCCUAAGUGAAAAUUUUUGUGAAACAUCGAAAAAAUACAAGAACUCUUACUUCAACUUUCAAAAUAUAUGCGAAACAAAUUUUUAUGAAAAUAAAUGUGAAAAAACUUAAAGAUUA